CUAUAAAUUCAUGGCUUCAUCAUCGAUCUCAAAUCGCCAGCACCUCUGGACAUUUAACCCCAAAACAAAACCACAUUUUGUGGAUUCCUUUCUCGAUUGUUCUUCUUGGAAUUCCAAAGCACCCCUAACCAGAAAAUGGAAUCUUCAAGAAGCAGCAUGAUGGUCGGUUGCUYUCCAAUUGGGGGUAGCUUUAAACGAACAACGGGAACCAGUCAAUUAUCAAGCUCGAAAUCCAAGGAGAAAAUAGAAAGAAAGAAGAAUCCACAGGUGGUGUGUUUUGGGGAACUUUUAAUCGACUUCGUGCCGACGGUUGCUGGCGUUUCAUUGGCGGAGGCACCCAGCUUCAAGAAAGCUUCUGGCGGAGCUCCGGCCAAUGUCGCAGUUGGCAUCUCCAGAUUAGGAGGAUCUGCAGCUUUCCUUGGCAAGGUUGGCGAUGAUGAGUUCGGUCACAUGUUGGCUAACAUCCUCAAGGAAAACAACGUCGAUAUCUUAGGAAUGAGGUUCGAUAAAGAAGCAAGAACCGCAUUGGCGUUCGUUACCCUAAGGGCCGAUGGAGAGCGUGAAUUCAUGUUCUUUCGCAAUCCGAGUGCUGAUAUGCUUCUUACCGAAGCCGAACUUGAUAAGGAUUUGAUCRAGAAGUCAACAAUCUUUCACUACGGAUCUMUCAGUUUGAUCGAGGAACCAUGCAGAUCAGCUCACCUGGCUGCAAUGCAAGUAGCCAAAAAGGCUGGCUGCAUUCUUUCCUAUGAUCCCAAUCUGAGACUCGCUCUCUGGCCCUCAGCCGAAGCUGCACGAACAGGCAUCAUGAGCAUCUGGGAUCAAGCCGACGUUAUCAAGAUUAGCGAGGACGAAAUUGAGUUCUUGACCGGAGGCGAUAACCCCUAUGAUGAUAACGUUGUCUUGACCAAGCUUUUCCACCCGAAUCUUAAGCUGUUGAUAGUCACCGAAGGUCCUAACGGCUGCAGAUACUACACCAAGGAUUUUCAUGGCAAAGUUGGUGGUGUUAAGGUCAAGUGUGUUGAUACAACUGGUGCUGGUGAUGCUUUUGUUGGAGGACUCCUUAACAGUUUGGCUUCAGAUCCUCAAYUGUUCAAGGACGAGAAGAAGUUGAGGGCUGCUCUAAGGUUUGCAAACGUGUGCGGUGCGAUCACGGUGGGGCAGAGAGGAGCGAUUCCAUCCUUGCCGACGAAGGAARUGGUUCUGAAGAAGCUGGAGGAAGCCGGAGCCGGAGCGGAAGCCUAAAUAAGUUGAACGAUUUUCACGAAUCGAAAACAGAAGGAAACGGCUACAAAYAAUUUCCAUUCCACCCUUAGAGCAAAAGUAGGAACAUAGAACAACAAUUUUUGUGCAUAAUUUUUCUUACUUUUGGUCCAUGUGUUUGUACAUUGAACAUGAAAUAAAUGAAAAUG